UCUUACCGUUUCUUGCAAUCGGGACAUUGAUAUGGUCGCUCGUUAGUGUGAAUCCUCACGUGUCGUUUCAUGUGUGACAUCAUUUUAAAACUCUUGUCGCAGAACUCACAUUUAUACGGCCGUUCGUUAGUGUGGACUCGUUCGUGCCUCGUUAGAUCGCACUUCGAUGAAAACACUUUCAGGCACGUCUCGCAUUGAUGCUUUCUUGCCUUCUCUUUCUCUUCGGCAUGCGUUUUUCUAUGACUAUGGAGAGUAGAUGAUGUCUGGAAUGCUUUUCCACAAUCACUGCAAGUGAAAUUUCUUUCUGAAUUGUGCGUUUCUUUAUGCGAAACCAAAUGAGACUUAUCUUUGAAUGUUUUAUCACAAGAUUCACAGGAAAAAGGACGUUCCCCGCUAUGUGUGCGCUCGUGACGAGCCAAAUGCGACGGUCUGUCGAAACCCUUGGAACACGCAUGGCAGAUGUACUUUUUUUCAGCAUCGGUUUUUGGCUUCGGUUGGACUAUUUUCUUCGCCUUUCGCUCUUUGCUUUUUGCAGGUUUUGUCUUACACUCCUUUCCCAUUCUAUCUUCACGAUUUGGAACAGUUUUAGGUCGUUUUUAACAAGAAAUAAACAUCAAAAUUUUAAAAAUUGCUCUGGAAAGAACAUGCUUUGCUUGUCGACAAAUUGGGGACAUUUUUGACGGCUGGCCCUGGCAAGCGAAUCGGGUUCAAGAUGGCCGCUGAAAAACGUGAAAACAAAGAAUGUUUUUAUAUUUUUGUUUCAUUUUUUGACAACUGAAGUGCUAUUUCUUCUCUGAAGUACUGGUUUUGGUUCGUCCUUGGAUUGCGGUUUCAUCUACUGUUGUUAUUUUGUGAGUAGCGAUUGAUUUUGGAUGUAUUUGAUGUUUUAAAAUACCCGUAAUUUGUCCUCUGAGCCACGGUCAACCACUCGACCACGUACCUGAAGAACUUUAAAUUUUAAUCGUUUUCAGGAAUUUCAGAGCCAAACCACGACAGCAUGCAUUACAAUAUAUAUGUAUUUAGAUCAUUUCUAUGUACUAUUUGAAGGUAUUCCUUUAAAAUAUUGGUGGGUUUGAAGAGUAUUAACGGAAUAACGGGUGGUUGGUAGCUCUUUAUAGUGAAAAUCCUACUGUGAAGCAUGGGUGAAAUUGAUCACCGCCCACUUGGUUAAUAUUAACUAUUGUACAAGAUUGAAUAAAUUAUAUCACAAAUAUCAUGUUAAAGUAUACAGUGAAUCCACUUUAAUGGUGAUUUCAAGUCACUUUUCAACACACGGUUCCCAAGUUUGUUGUGAACUUUGCCAAUUACAUUUCCAAGUUCGUAAAUGGGGCACAAACUUCACAUCAAAGUCCGCAAAUUCAUUUCAAUGUUUGAACUUCGCUUGUAAACAAAUGUUCAUACUCAGUAAUAAUAACCAAUUCAAUGAAAUACAAACCUUCUUGGUAGUCCACUGGACCGAGAACUUUCCAUUGAAUUGUUAAUUUCAACUUGAACUAUGAACAUUUGUUUACAAUAGUUCAAACAUUGAAGCGUACUUGCGAACUUUGUUGCAAAGUUCACACCCAAUUUUUGAACUUGGAAACGUAAUUGACAAGUUUGCAACGAACUUGGGAACAGCGCGUUGAAAAGUGACUUGAAAUCAACAAUAAAUAUAUUAAUCCAUUUUAAAUGUAUAGGUACUAUUUACAACAUGAGCAACCAUGUUGUUAGAGCAUCAAGUUAUAUGGAAGAUAUAUCAUCUUUGAUAUAGCUUAUUUUCGAUAUAGAUGAUAUAUCUUUGAUAUAGAUAUAUUUUAUAUAUGUUCUGUUAUAGAUAUUAUAUUAUAGAUAUUAUAUUAUAUUUAACAAUUAUAAUAUAGCAUUUGUAAAAUCUGAACGCUGAUUGGCUAAGAGCCGUAUUGAUAUAACUGAAUGUCAACAUGGAAACGUCGGAAAAUUUGUUUCUUCAUAUUUCUUUGUGCUAUAUUCUAAAAUAAAUAUAAAACAUUUUUUACGUAUUGAUAUAUAGUUAUAUCAACACAAGUGGAAAUUGGGAAAACUUGAAAUUGUGUGAAAACACUCUGCCCUUCGCCCACACAAUUUUUCGUUUUCCCAAUUUCCACUUGUGUUGAUAUAACUGUAUAUCAACACAGAAAAUGUUUUAUAUUUGUUAAAUAUAAAACAUUUUACGUGUUGACAUACAGACAUCAACAUGAGUUACAAAUGCUAUAAUAUAAAUUAUUAUAUAUUAUAUUAUUAUAUAUCUUUGAUUAUAUGUAGAUAUUAUAUAAUCGAAGAUAUUAUAUUAUAUUAUAUUAUAGCAGAUAUAUAGUAUGUUAACUCAAAAGGCUACCAGCCUACCACAACAACUUGUCUCAUCCAAUCAGGUGGCAUAUAUGUAUAUCUUUCAUAUAUCAUCAUCAUAUAUAGAGAGAAUAUUACACGGCGGCAUGAAGAUAUGACUUUUUAUCUUCGAGUGGUGAAAACAAUAUUUUACGAACGAGCGCAGCGAGUGAGUAAAAUAUUGUUUAUAACACGAGAAGAUAAAAAUCAUAUCUUAAAACCAAUGUGUAAUGUUCUGUUUAUUAUAUAGUCCCAAGCAAAAAAUUGUAUAAAUACUUAAAGUCACGUGAUCGAUAUCUUCACUACUGUAGUGAAGAUAUGGAAAAUAUCUCACUGUGUAUUUUUCAGUAUCUCACUCUCUACUAAUAAUAAAUAUACAUAUAUGUAUGUAUGUAUGUAUGUAUUUAAUGCAAUUUUAACACUGGUGCUAUUGUUUGAUUUACAGAUUAUAAAUAUGAAGAAAUGAUGAUGGCUAAAUCUAUCAAAAAUGGCUGAUUGGAACAUCCAGUCAGGUUCAUAUAAAAAAAUUUAGUUUUAGAAAGUAAAAAAAUUGACAUGUUAAGUAAAUUAUUGCGAUGCUGUCUAAAUUAAUGAAUAGUAGAUACGAACAAAAUGGCGAAAUAUUGAUUUUAUACAACACUACUCAUUCACAAAGUGAACGAGACAUUCUAGUGAAAGAACAAGGCGAUGGAACAUCUGGAAAUUUGAUUGCUAGCAACCAAAUAUCGUAUGGGAAUCGUGUUAUCGAUGAAGAUGAGCGUAAUCUUGCAUCGAAGGAACAAGAACGUGCAAGUAUAGAUAGUAGAGAACACAGCUUAACCAAGUGUCCGUACUGUGAGACAGUUUUUCCUUACUCGUUAGUGGAACUGCACGCACAAACAUGUAGUGGAAACGUAGCCAAUCAAACUGCAGGCAAUGAUCAAGAGAAUGUAAAGAGAUGUCAAUAUUGUCGGAGUAUUUUUCCAGAUUCGUCACUGGAACAGCACAUCCAAACGUGCAGUCAAAGGAAAAUUCACCAAUGUUCAGAAUGCAAUAAGGUGUUUCGCAUACGCUCCAAACUUCUUAUUCACCAACAAUCGCAUAGUGAUGAACGAUCGCACUCUUGCCAUAUUUGUGCGAAGACGUUUAAGUUUAAAUCAGGACUUACUCGACACAUGAGACAACAGCAUUCUGGUGGAGAGACAACUGAUGUUAAAACUACACUAUGUGAGGAAUUGCAGGGGCUGGAAUACAGUUCAUUACAGGACGAUGUAAACGGAGGAGAGGAGGAGAAUAGUGUGAAAGAAGGAGAGAAUUUUGGACUGCAACAUUUUGACAAACCAAAGACAGAUCUGAAAACAUCAAGACGACGAGUAGAAUGCGGUUCGUCAUUGGAUGAUGUAAACCAUCAGACUAGCAAUGAUUAUCAGAUGGUUGUGUAUGAAAACAGACAUGAAAAUUAUAAAGAAAAUAAUUUUGUAAAGCAACAUUCUGAUGCAGCAACGACAGAUCUUAAAACACCAAGACAAGGACAAGAAAAACGUUCUUAUUUACAGAAAGGGAAUGAUCAGGACAGUUUUAAAGAAAACGAGCAUCGUGAAUCUACAGAAAGUAAUAUUAGAGGAGAAAUGUUCAGAAAAGAUAAAAAUAGUUUUGAGAUUGAGGAAAAAUAUUUAAAGCGAAAUAAUGCUGUGGAAUGCGAAGAAAAUGAUAUAGAAUUGAACUUUGAAAUGAAUCCAGGACCAAGUGGAAUCUUUAGUGAAUGUUAUCCAAAUGUAACACCACCAUUUAAUACACAAAACUGUGGUGAUUCUAAAGUGUAUAAAUGUCAGGAGUGUCCGAGAAUAUUUGCAAAACCAUCAAGAUUGGCCAUUCACCGGCGCACCCACAGCGAUGAAAAGUUGUUUACUUGUGGAAUUUGUCAACAAACAUUCAAAUACAAAGGUUCACUGAACAGACAUGUGAAGGAACAGCAUUAUGGUCAAGGAAGAAAGAGUUUCAGUAUGGUGAUUGAUGGACAACCGAGAAAAGAGCCCGAGAAUUGUUCUUCUGUGGAAAAGAUCGAGUUUAGGAAUGAUGAUAUGUAUUUAAUGAACGUAGAUGAAUCUAAUGAUGGAGUUUUUAGACAUUGGAAAGAACGGCAUUACAGCCAAGGACGAAAGAGUUUUAGCAUGAUGGUGGAUGAGAGGAAUGAACUAGAGAAUAGUUCGUCUUUGGAAAAGACCAAGUUUGAUAAUGAUGAGUGUUUGGUAAGCUUGAAGAAAAGUUUGCAGAACAAGGAUGAAGUUGGACACAGGGAGAGUCUGAGCAAGGUAGUCGAUGAAAGAAAUGAGAAUUGUUCUUCUUGGGAAAAGAUGAAAUCUCGAAAUGAUGAUCAGGAUUUGUUGAAGCAACAUGAAGAUUUAGAGAAUAAAGAAACUCGUAGAAAAAGUUUAGACAAAGGGCAAAAUGUUAAUUUCAGACAAGAUGGAAAGACCGUCGCCCCACUAGAUGAAUCUAGUUUUGAGAAUGAGGAAAAUAACGCUGAAGUUCAAAAACAUGUUCAGCAAGAGCAAAAUAAUCUAAGUAUGAUAUUUGACGAAAGACAAGAAGAUGAAGAGAGUUUGUCUUCUCAAGAUGAAAUAAGUUUUGAAAAUGUUUAUAAUACCAAUGAGCGAAACGCGAGAGAUAAUGAAACUUUCAUAUAUGGAGAAUAUGAUUUUGGAGAAAACAGUUUAGAGCAAGAAGAAAAUAAUGUGAGUAUGGUAUUUGAUCGAGGACAAGGAGGUGAAAAGAGUUUGUCUUCUCAGGAUGAAAGUAGUUUUGAAAACAUGGAUAAUUCCACUGAGUCUCAUACGAUAAACACUGAAACUUGUAAGUAUGGAGAAAGUGAUUUUGAAGUUCAAGAAAGUUUAAGGCAAGCAGAAAGUGGAACUAAUAGAAGGAAUUUGGAGGAAGACAGUUUUGAACUCGGUGAAGAUCAUUCUGAGGAAGGAGAAAAUAUCUUUGAAGUGAAAUCAAGACCGACUGGAGCCUCGAAUGAGUGUUUUACUAAUGCGUUGGUCAACAUACAGAGAGGUGGCGAAGAUAAACUCUAUCAGUGCGACGUGUGUCAAAAAUAUAUAAAACGAUCUACUUGGUGGAAUCAUAAGCUCACGCACAACGAUGACAUGUCAUUUACUUGUGAGUUCUGUUGGAAGUAUUUCAAGUACAAGGGAUCAUUGUCUAGGCAUGUCAAAGAACAACAUUAUGGUUUAGGGAGGAGGAGCGUAAAGAUGGCACUCGAUAAAAGCCUUGGAAAUAAUAUCAGUUGUUCUACACAAGAAAGAGAUAGCCUUCACAAAGAAGAACAAAUUAUAAAAGACGUUCACUGUGAAGAGAGUAAUUCUAACGAAAUAAUUAUUAAUCGUAGAAUGAUAUGCGAUAAAAAGCCGGGAAAUGACAACAGUUGUUCUUCGAAGACGGAAUAUAGUUCUCAAAAAGGAGUUAAUAAUUAUGGAGCAAUUUUGAAUGAAGGUGACAACAGAGACGUUAAUUUUAAAGAAAAAAGUUUCGAUCCAAGUAUGAUAUUUGAUAAAACACUGGGAAAUAAUAACAUUUAUUCUUCACAAAAGAAAGUGAAUAACUUUGGAUCAACUAAGAACGAUGAGAAAUUGGAGCAAAGUAAUACGAAAGUGAAAGAAAAACAUUUGAAUACCAAGCAUGGUCAUUUUGAUGAUGCACAAAGUAAUGAUGCAACUAAGUUAAUGGAAGGGGAUGUUUACAUGCAGGAGAAUGAUAAUUUAGAUGAAGGUGAAAGCAGUUUGCAAGAAACGCAACAAGAAGAGGGGACUUUAGCCAAUAGACAAUAUCAAUUUGAUGCAUGUCACGACAACCUUGAAAAUUUACCCUCAGAAAUUACUUGUGAGAUUUGUGGGAAAUGUUUCAAGCACAAAGGUUCGCUGACUCGACAUGUGAAAGAACAGCAUUAUGGUCUGGGAAGAAAGAGUUUAAAAAUGGUCCCUGAGGAGAACCAAGGAAAAGUAAACUGUUUGUCUUCAAGUGGUAAAGACAGUCCUCGGAACAGAGUUGAUAGUUUUGGAUCAAUGAACGAAGUUAACGACAAGGACGGUGAUUCGAAAGAUAGAAAUGUUAAUCCAAGUGUGAAAUUCAUUGCAAGUCAAGGUAUCAACGAUGUUAGGGAAGAAGCGUUUGAGGUGGAGCAAAGUGAUUUUGAAAUGAAAGAAAUUGAUGAAAAUGAACAUUCAGAAAAGGAUAAUUUCAUCAAGGAGAACAGUUUUGAAAACGUUUUGCAUGAAGUUGACCAAGAAGAAAGAACUUCGGAGAGUCAGCAAGAUAAUUUUGAUGAUGAACGAACUGAUGGUGCAACUAUGGCGAAGGAAGGUUUCGCACGAGAAAAUGAUAAUUUAAACAAGAAUGGACGCAGUUUUGAAAAUGAUUUGCACGAAAUUGACCAAGAAGAAAGACAAUUGGACGGUAAGCAAGAUAGUUUUAAUGCCCAUGACGAUAAAUUUGAGAAUUCACGCGUAGAAUUUUCUUGUGACUUUUGUGGGAAGCAUUUCAAGCACCAACCUUCCCUGUGUCGUCAUGUUAAAGAACAACAUUAUGGUCUGGGAAGAAAGAGUUCAAAAAUGGUGCCUGAUGAAAACCAAGGAAAAGUAAAUUGUUUGCCUUCAAGUGGUAAAGACAGUCCCCGGAACAGAGUUGAUAGUUUUGGAUCGAUGAACGAAGUUGACUGCAAGGACGGUGAUUCGAAAGAUAGAAAUGUUAAUCCAAGUGUGAAAUUCAUUGCAAGUCAAGGUAUCAACGAUGUUAGGGAAGAAGCGUUUGAGGUGGAGCAAAGUGAUUUUGAAAUGAAAGAAAGUGAUGAAAAUGAACAUUCAGAAAAGGAUAAUUUCAUCAAGGAGAACAGUUUUGAAAACGUUUUGGAUGAAGUUGACCAAGAAGAAAGAACUUCAGAGAGUCAGCAGGAUAAUUUUGAUGAUGAACAAACUAAUGAUGCAACUAUGAUGAAGGAAGGUUUUGCACAAGAAAAUGAUAAUUUAAACAAGAAUGGACGCAGUUUUGAACAUGAUUUUCAAGAAAUUGACCAAGAAGAAAGACAAUUGGACAGUAAGCAAGAUAGUUUUAAUGCUUAUGACGAUAAAUUUGAGAAUUCACGUGUAGAAUUUUCUUGUGACUUUUGUGGGAAGCAUUUCAAGCAUCAACCUUCCCUGUGUCGUCAUGUUAAAGAACAACAUUAUGGUCUGAGAAGAAAGAGUUCAAAAAUGGUCCCUGAUGAAAACCAAGGAAAAGUAGAUUGUUUGCCUUCAAGUGGUAAAGACAGUCCCCGGAACAGAGUUGAUAGUUUUGGACCAAUGAAGAAAGUUGACUACAGGGACGGUGAUUCUAAAGAUAGAAAUAUUAAUCCAAGUGUGAAAUUCAUUGCAAGUCAAGGUAUCAACGAUGUUAGGGAAGAAGCGUUUGAGGUGGAGCAAAGUGAUUUUGAAAUGAAAGAAAGUGAUGAAAAUGAACAUUCAGAAAUGAAAGAAAGUGAUGAAAAUGAACAUUCAGAAAAGGAUAAUUUCAUCAAGGGGAACAGUUUUGAAAACGUUUUGGAUGAAAUUGAUCAAGAAGAAAGAACUUCAGAGAGUCAGCAAGAUAAUUUUGAUGAUGAACAAACUAAUAAUGCAACUAUGGCGCAGGAAGGUUUCGCACAAGAAAAUGAUCAUUUAAACAAGAAUGGAUGCAGUUUUGAACACGAUUUGCAAGAAAUUGACCAAGAAGAAAGACAAUUGGACAGUAAGCAAGAUAGUUUUAAUGCCCAUGACGAUAAAUUUGAGAAUUCACGUGCAGAAUUUUCUUGUGACUUUUGUGGGAAGCAUUUCAAGCACCAACCUUCCCUGUGUCGUCAUGUUAAAGAACAACAUUAUGGUAUGAGGAGAAAGAGUUCAAGGGUGCUGUCCAGUGAAAGGCAAAAUAAUGCGAACAGUUGUUCUUCACAGAAGAACGUUAAUCUUCCUGAUGAAUUCAGUAACCCUAAAGCAAUUUUGAACGACAAUAAUGACGGUAAUUUGAAAGAAAAAAGUUGUGAACCAAGGUUGAUAUUCGAUGAGGAGCAAGGUAGUGAAAAUGGUUGUUCUUCACUUAGAAAAGAUCAUCUUCAAAACAGUUUGGGAGAAACUGUAAAAGAAGUCGACAAUGAUUAUAAAGACGAAAAUUCUGAGCAGAGUAAUUUUGAAAUAAAAGAAACGAGUGAACACGAACAGAAUCAUACCACACAGAACAAGGAGAAUGAUUUUCAACAGAGAUUGCAAGAAAUUGAGCAGGAAAAACGAAAGUUGGAGCACGAUAAUGUUGAUGUUUACGAUGAAAAGCUUGAAAACGUACAACCAAAUGUUUCCGAGGAAAGCAAAGUUCAACAAAGUCAUCUUAAAAUGGAGAGAUGCAGUGAAGUUGAAGUGUUCAAGUGUGAGGACUGUCCGAAAAUGUUUCGAAAUCGAACCGCAUUACGGAAGCAUAAACGUAUACAUAGUGAUGAGAUGUCGUUUACGUGUGAGUUUUGUCAGCAGACAUUUAAGUAUAAAGGUUCGCUGAACAGGCAUGUCAAAGAACAGCAUUAUGGACUGGGUAGGAAAAGUGUUAGAAAAAUGUCCGAUGAAAGAGUAGCGAACAACAGUGAGUGUUCUACAGUGGGGAAAGUCAAUCCUGGAUCAAUUGUAAACGAAGUUUUGUAUAAAGAUAUUAAUUUUACAGAAAAAAAUUGUGAGCAGAAUAACGUUGAAAAAAGAACAACGGACAAGCGGCAAGUUGGUGAUGUUGCGACUACGUCAAAGGAAGGGAAAUUUUUCAUGCAGGAAAAGAGUACUUUUAAACGCAAGUUCCAUGAAAAUCAACAACAAGAAACAAAUUUGGACACGACGCAAGAGAAUUUUGUCCACGACCGCCUUGAAAGGGCGAAGAACAGAAUUCUGCAGGAACAAAGUAGUUCUGAAAUGAAAGACCAAAAUCUGGACAUCACGCAAAAUAAUUUUGAUGCUUAUCAUCUGGAAUAUUUGAAGGAUAAAAAGAUUCACAGGUGUUUUCAGUGUCCUAGAACGUUUUGGAAACGUUCUGAACUACGAGAACACGCAUACAAGCACACCGACGUCAAAUCUUUUGCUUGUGCACUUUGUGGAAAGGCGUUCAAAUUUCGCUCGGGGCUUGUUCGUCAUAACAGGAAAGAACACAAGGGGACCCGUUUGAUCGAAAACGUUGUGAGCGAAAAUAAGAAUCCUGGCAUCGAGGGUUUUAGCGAAGAAACUUUACAACAAGAGCGAGGCGCCUUUGAGAAUGAUUUGGGGAAUAAGGAGUAUUCAGAGUUUCGUGAAGGAUUUAGACGAAUUAAACCUACAAAGAGAAAGAUUAGUGGAGGAGACGAAAGAUCUAGAGUACAGAAACGUUGUUUGAACUCUGGGUCAGAAGACAGUUCAGAUUUUGGUGAAGACUUUGGAGCAAGUAGACUUAGAAAGCGAAAAUUUGGUGGAGGAGAUGAAUGUUUUAAAACUAUCGUGAAUGAGAAUUCGGGAAUACAGGACGGAAGUUUUAGCAAUAGUUUGAACGAAGAAAUCUCAACUCAAAGUGUUCGCCAAAAUUUACCAAUCAAGAAGAAGCCAUCUAUGUAUAACUGUAAUAAAUGUGACGCUACGUUCAAAGACUUGUGCGACUUCUUAGCACAUCAGAGAAUUCAUAAAUAGAACAAGUUAAUAUAAUUGUUGUUAUUAAAGGGCAUGUUUGUAUAUGGUGAAAUAUAAUAUAUGUUUGUAUUCUUAUUCAUUGUUGUCAACUCUCAUGCAACUCUUGUUCUCGUUUGACCAAGCAAUGAAAGUGGAGAAAACUCUCAUGUAAACUCUCGCUUGUCAACUCUCAUGUAACUCUUGUUCUCGUUUGAUCAAGCAAUGAAAGUUGAGAAAACUCUGAUGUAAACUCUCGCUUGUCAACUCUCAUGUAACUCUUGUUCUCGUUUGACCAAGCAAUGAAAAUUGAGAAAACUCUCAUGUAAACUCUCGCUUGUCAACUCUCAUGUAACUCUUGUUCUCGUUUGACCAAGCAAUGAAAGUUGAGAAAACUCUGAUGUAAACUCUCGCUUGUCAACUCUCAUGCAACUCUUGUUCUCGUUUGACCAAGCAAUGAAAGUUGAGAAAACUCUCGUGUAAACUCUCGCUUGUCAACUCUCAUGCAACUCUUGUUCUCGUUUGAUCAAGCAAUGAAAGUUGAGAAAACUCUCAUGUAAACUCUCGCUUGUCAACUCUCAUGUAACUCUUGUUCUCGUUUGAUCAAGCAAUGAAAGUUGAGAAAACUCUCGCUUGUCAACUCGGGUUCAUUCAAUCUGAUGCUUUAUAUUAGGCUAAGGGGC